GCGACAUCCUAGCGGGGAAACUGACCUGAAAAAGACCUUUUACCUGUCGACCCUGAAAAUCGAGGGGUCCCCGUGGGUCCCCGCCUCCCGGUCGAUGCUCCAUAAACGCCAUGCGCCGGAGUCGGUUCGGACUUAAGACCGCUCUUUAAGACCGACGAAUCCCUUGCGUCCUUUGCCGAGAUGACGAAUGUGACGUCGUGGUCCGCCGAGGACGUGGCCGACUGGCUGAGCAAAGAGGGCAUGCCGGAGUACGCCGACGCCCUCCGCCGGACGAACGGCAGUGCCCUGCUGCGGCUGACGCGGGCCGACUUCCAGGCGCCGCCGCUCCUGCGGGUGUCGUCGGAUAGUGGGCAACGUCUACUGGAGCGCCUGGAGACGCUGCGGAUAGAGAACCACAUGGAGGCGCACAAGAACGGCCACGCCAACGGACACCUGCCCAAUGGGACGGCGAAGGCACUGAGGAAUGGCGCGGCGAGGACGGCGGAGAUGGUGCAAAUUCCCAUCCCUCCUAUGGAGACCUCGCGCACCUCCUUUCCGCCCGAGUGGAGCAAGACUGGCGCGGCAUUCUUGUACGCCGUGGUGUGCUUCGUCACCACCACCGUGGUCAUUUCGGUGGUCCACGAGAGGGUGCCGCCCAAGGAGCACACUCCGCCAUUGCCGGACAAGUUCUUUGAUCUAUUCAACAGAGUGGAGUGGGCCUUUUCCAUCUGCGAGAUCAACGGUAUGCUGUUGGUGGCACUGUGGCUCGUACAGUGGCUUCUCCUCAAGCACAGGUCAAUCAUAGGCAGGCGCUUUUUUUUCAUCGUGGGAACACUCUAUUUGUAUCGGUGUAUUACCAUGUACAUCACCACUCUGCCUGUCCCUGGCAUGCACUUCAAAUGCUCUCCUAAGCUUCUGGGCGACUGGGAAGCACAGAUGCGGAGAGUGAUGAAAAUGAUCGCCGGCGGUGGCCUUUCCAUCACGGGCUCACACACCCUGUGUGGAGAUUAUCUGUACAGCGGCCACACAGUCAUACUAACGUUAACGUACCUCUUCAUCAAGGAGUAUUCCCCCCAACGGUUCUGGUGGUACCACUGGAUCUGCUGGACGCUGAGUGCAGUGGGCGUCUUCUGCAUCCUUCUGGCCCACGACCACUACACUGUAGAUGUGGUGGUGGCCUACUUUAUCACGACCCGCCUCUUUUGGUGGUACCACACUAUGGCCAACCAGCAAUCGCUUAAAGAAACAUCAGUCAGCAAUCCCUUCUCGCGGGUGUGGUGGUACCGACCCUUCCAGUACCUGGAGGAGAACAUCAACGGCGUGGUGCCGCGUUCUUACCAGCUGCCGCUGUGGCUGCGGAAUGUCCAGUGGAACCGCGCCAUCAAGUACAGCCGGCUGGAUGUGCAUUGACGUGCCACUCCAGGACUGUCAAAUUCCAAAAGUGCUGUUUUUUUUUUGUUUGUUUGUUUUUAAACUUCUUUAAAGGAAAAAGGCACUGUUUUCAUGUAGCGCUGACCUUCCCACACUUCCCUCCAAAAGCAGGUGAACCCUCACUUUCUACUUUACAUUUGUGUCCUUUUUUGAAUUUAUUUUUAGCUAAUAUGACUUUUAUAACCAGAUUUAUCCUCCUUUGCUCUCCUCAUAAAACCAUACUUUUAGCUAUCUAAUUAAAAGUAUGUACCUAGGUUUUUUUUUUUUUUUUAAAUUCCUUAGCUGCCAUUGACAGCGCGAGACGUCUACUUCAUUUCGACUGGAAAAUAAAGUAGAUGCCUAGCGCUGUUAUUGGUACUGAUACGUCACCACUUUUUAUUGGAAAGUAACUUUAUUUAAUUGAUCCCCUCCUUUUACGUUUUUGUAAUUUAAACUUGCUAAAAUGAGUAAGGUGCAAAGAACUAUUUUUUCUAAGCAUGUUUAUUUUUCAAGAAAAACAAAAUGUACGCCAAAAUAUUUUUUUUUUUCGUAGAUUUGUACCUUUUUCAAGAAAUCCUCACCAGUGCCUUUUCUUCGCUUGAUUGUGGAACAACUUCAAGUCUUGUGUAUCAAUGAAUGUAACCUUUCACCCCUCUUACAAAAAUGCCAGCCUUAGAAAACAAGAUUGGUCUUUCCCAAAUUAGCCUAAAAUAUGUCCCGGCUUUGUAUUUAUUGAUGCUUUACGACAGGAAAUAUGACUGUUAAUGUUUUAUUUUUUUUAAAUGUCUGUUUCAUUUCAUUAGCUGAAUCUCAACGAAACGCCAGCGCUAAAACGGGGUACGCACGUACCAGUUUUUAAAAUUCACUGCUCAUUAAUGCGAUAUCAAGCUUGAGGGAUGUUCGCGUUUCAGUGCCAUUGACGGCGGUAGACGUCGGUUGUAACGAUUUAAAUUUUUUAUGUAAAAAAAAAAGUCCUAUUUUGAUGCAGCGCUGACCCGUUACAAAACUAUUAGAAUUAAAAACAUUAGAAUUUUAUGGAAAAACUUUGGCUUUUAUAAUUAAUACAUUUUUCUAUAGUAUUUUUUUCUGAAUUAGAAUGUAAUGCAAAAGUUUAUUCCCAUUGACAUUCUAAUAUAUGUUCUAAUGGAUUGGACGUCUACUAGAUUCAUUUAGAUUUAGCGCAGAAGCAUUAAAAGAGCAACAUGAUUUGUCUGAGAUCAUCGUCAAUGGCAUGAAGUUGACUAUAAACCUGAUAAUUGGUGCGCGUGUACCCCUCGUUAAGCAUCACUAUCUGGUCAGAGGUUGAAAGCGAUGGUAAUGGUAUAAAGUGAAAUGUAGCUUUUAAAGUGAAACGUAGCUUUUAAAGUGACUGAAAUGCUUCUGAAUGUGCUUUCACACAUAGUUACGGGGAGCCUAAUAAUAUGUUGUUCCAACAGAAUUUCAACUAAAUGCAAGACCAAAAUGACAUUUAUGAUCAAGAAAAAGAGACUCUCAGAAAGGCGCAGAAGUCCUAUUUUUUGUGAAACAAAUUGUGUAUUGCUGCUAUGCCAAAAAAAGUUCAGUAUCACGUUAAAAUCGUGUUGUUUCCCGUUUUAAUGAGCUCAACAUCACGUUAAAAGACAUUUUAUUCCAUGUUAAAAUGCAGCGUGUUCGCGACAAAACGCGAUCACGACAUUAACAUUAUGUGUUGAGUUUCACGUGAAAACUCCUUAGAUUUUCAUGUUACGGCAAACGUUUUCAUAUUACAACUUUAAAUAUUUUGAUAUUCCAUGAUACGUUUCACAGUUGAACGUGAUCCUCACGUCACAGGGUGAUAGGAAUCAUCCCGCUUUAAGUUUCACGUCAAUACUCGAUGUCAUAUCGUCUAAAUGCGAUGUUUUUACGUUAUAACGUGUUGUAAUUGAACUAUAAUGUGAUGUAAUCACAUGACAACACAAUAUAAUUGUGUCACAGUGUGAGGUUAAUAGUUGUUUCCCAUCACAAUGUGAUAUUGUUUUCAAAUGAUGUGAUAAAUUUCAGAGUAUAGUGCGACCCUCACAUCACAGUGUGAUAGGUAUCAUGCUGCAAUGUUAUGGGUUUCACUUUACAACAACCAUUUAACUUAGUACCUCAAUGCAAACUUAUCAUGUAAAAUUACUUUGCAACGUGAUAUUGAACUUUCUGGUGUGGCAGUAAUACAUUAAAAAAUCCUGAGAGUUGGAAAGUUAACACAUUGAGUACCAUUGGCAAUGAUAGUCGUCAAUCUUAAUUUUGACAUGAAUUUCAAUUAGCUUAUUAGCAGACGUCGAAUCCAUUUGACUUGGGAGGGUGGCAGCAAAUGGAUGAAUGUUCACCCUUCCCACUUCAAAUAGAUUGGAGGUCUAUCGCAGUUAAUGGCAGCCACCGAAUUGAAAAGGUCAGUGACCUGUAAAGGUUUCAGUACAUUUCAGAAUGGUCCUAAAAUUUUAGCCGAAAAUUCCCGAACUUUCAGUUUUGCCACGGGUUACCCCCGCCUGUUGUUCACAUUUCAAUUUGGAACCGGUGUAUUGAUCCCUCGCGGUUCUUUCAAAUAUACUGAUAAGGGGAACAAGAUGGCAGCGUGACCCGUCAUGUGAAAAAUGUCCCGGUUUUGCGAUCCCUUCAGGGCUGAAAACCGGACGUUUGCAAUUUCCGAUCGAAAAACGCUCGUAAUCGGUUACAGCUAAACUACAAAUGGGUUCCUCUUCCUCUACGUUUUAAAGGGAGACAACUUUUUUUGUUUUGUUUUGUGACUUUGCACAUCGUUCAAAAAGCUUCGCUUUGUUUUACGUUAGCGGCGUACAGACGUCAUCCUCCUUGCUUGGUUUUACGUUAGCACCGUACAGACGUCAUCCAAUCAUCUCUGUUCAUUUUCCGCAGUGUUUCUGGCGUAGUGGUUAACUUGAACUAAUUGUCCAAAUUGGACUGUAAUAAAGUUUGAGGAAGGGUGAAGACAUUUGUCUCUUUGGUUUGCCAAUCAAGCAGUUUUUUUAAAUGAUUAUUAUCCUGUAUGUAUUUUCAUCUGUACACGCAGUUUAUUACAUGUUUGUAAAAUAUGAUAAAGGAAUCUACAUGGGACGACGUUGAAUAAAAAGAUUUUACUACA